AUGGUGGCGUUUGCGGAUGACGAAAGGGAUGAGCGCAUUGCUGAACGACGAAUUCGUGUGCGACGGCGAUUGAAAGAGUUGUGUGACAGCGAGAGGAGCACGCAGACGGUGGUGGGAGCCGAAAAUAAUGUCAGUGACGGUAAUGGGGCCAGCGGGGCGAUUGGGCUGGGCGAGGAGUCUGUGCGCCAAGCCCGUUGUGAAAUGGCGGAGAUAGUCAGCACUGCCCACAGCGCAGUGACCAGCUGGGAAGUUAACGUUGGCAAGAACGAGAAUGAGCGCCGCGAGCGUGAAGAGCGUCUUGUAGAUGAGCGACGCCAGAAGCGCCGAGAGGAGUUGAAGGCGAAUGAAAUCAAGCAGGGGGCAAUAGAGUUGAGGUUUGAGUCCAUCUACAAGUUGAACGCGCCUCAUGAACUGAAGAAGUCCCUUGAGGAGCAGGAGCAGCAGUGCAAGGAACUGAUCGCCGCAAAGGACCGCCUUAUUGAACUGCUGCGCGAGCAGCUGGAAGAGCGCGAGGAGGAGUUUGUGGCGAUACUUCAACGCAAUGCGGCGGAUGUCAACAACCUCGUUGCCGAGAUGCGUGGGCAGACGGAGAAGUACCUUGACGCGUACACCAGUCAGCUGCGGGAAGUAGAGGCGACGUACGAGAAUGAGCGAAAGGAAUAUCUCACGCGCUGCAACGAAGAAAUCCAGCAGCUCAUGAAGUUGCGCCGUACGCGUGAGACGGAGUACCGCAAAAAGCGGGAAGAUGAGAUUAUGGAGGCGCAAAGGAAGAUGGACGAUAAACACCGCGGAAACUGC